AUGGUCAAGCAACUGGAGUGGAAGAAGCAGAAGGAGAGCAACCUCAAGAAGAAGAGCCUCAGUGAACUUCAAAACAUGUGCACAGUUGAUGUGACAGCCCAAACAAGACCUGCCAGAGAGGAGCAAGUAAUCCUGCCAACUGCCAUGGCCACUGAUGAGGAGCUGUUGAAGCUCCUGAAGGAGAGACAUGUCCAGUUCCUGAGCAAGGUGAGAAAGGUGGCCACACUCCUCAUGGAUAGGGACUUCAUCCACCUCAAGAACAAGGUAGCUACUGGAGAGUGGGAUCAUCACAUCACCUGUGACCAGGAGCAACUUCUUCUGAUCCUCAGCAAUCCACACAUCAACAUUGAAGACAUUAUCCCAGAGUUGCAAGAGAGGAUUCAAGAGGAGAAAGAGAAGAAGGAGAAAGCUGAAGAAAAGGAGAAAUGUAAGUGA